UUGGUGUUCCCCUUGCCUAGUGUCAGAUCAUUGUUUGUAUGUUUCUGUGUGUGCCUGUCGUGUCUCCCGGUGUUAGUUCGUGUCUGUUUUUUUUGCUCCAUGGAUUUCCUUUUGUUUCAUUUUUGGUAUUGUUGUUUUUGCCUGCUGCUGCGCUCAGGACUUCCUUGGUUUCUUUUUGUGUUUCAUCAUUAAAUCCUCGUUUUCAACUUACCCCUGCCUGCCUGCCUGCUCUCUGCAUUUUGGGUCCGCCUUUCCCUGCUACACCCUUAACCGUAUGAAUUGCGCCUGGGCUCCAGUCUGAAGGCACACAGGCAGCGGCAGGCAGGCUGGCACAGCGCGGACGGACUGGAGUGGUAUUCGGGAUGCGAACAGAUGCCGCUGGACUAUGAAGAAAAGUGGAGUCAACCGCACUGAGCCGCAGCGAUAAGACAGCGCGCUGCAAAAUGAAGACACCUAUGCGCCAUGGGAUAGCCGUGCUCCUCGUGCUUCUCCUGUGCGCCAGCUUGUUCCUCGUGUACAACGGCAGCUUCAACGGCGCUUCCAGGGACGCUAACGACACGCGCAUCCGACAGCAUGAACAGCUGCGGCGGCCCACUGAAGCCUCCGUCAGGGUGGCCAAGCCUCACCCCCCAGUCCUCCAGGGAUACAGUGGCAUCAUCGACCAUAAGCCUCUCAGGAUGCACUGCCAGACUUGCGCCCUUGUGACCAGCUCAGGUCACCUCAGCGGAGGCGGUCGGGGGGAAGAGAUUGACCGGGCAGAGUGCGUCAUCCGCAUGAACGACGCUCCCACCGCCAGAGGUUACGCCCGCGACGUCGGCCGCCGCACCUCCCUGCGUGUCAUCGCUCACUCAAGCAUGCAGAGGGUCCUGCGGAGUCGCCACGAGCUGCUCAACGCCAGCCAGGACACAGUGUUCAUCUUCUGGGGCCCCAGCAGCUACAUGAGGCGUGACGGGAAGGGCCUGGUGUACAACAACCUGAGGCUGAUGAACCAGGUGCUGCCCAAACUCAAAGUCUACAUCAUCUCCUGGCAGAAGAUGCUGCAGUUUGACGAGCUCUUCAAGAAGGAGACCGGCAAGGACAGAAGGAUAUCAAACUCUUGGCUGAGCACCGGCUGGUUCACCAUGACCAUCGCCCUGGAGCUGUGCGAUCGGAUCAAUGUCUACGGCAUGGUUGCCCCUGACUUCUGCAGGGAGCCUCAGCACCACUCAGUCCCUUACCACUACUACGAGCCACGUGGUCCAGAUGAGUGUGCCAUGUACAUUUCUCAUGAGCGUGGGCGGCGGGGAAGCCACCACCGCUUCAUCACAGAGAAGCGGGUCUUCGCUAAAUGGGCACGGACUUUUGACAUCCACUUCUACCAGCCGGACUGGAGUCCUCCGCCUCUCCCAGCCAACCAGACGCUGGAGGGCACGGUCACAGCGGCGCCCCUGGUACCCCAGAAGACGUGACCUGUGUUGGGGUGAAGAAAAUAAUUUAGAGAUUCAUCUAAGAAAGAGGGAGGAUGGGGGACAUUUGCACUAAGGACUGCUGGACCCCUAACAGAAGAAUAAAAUGUGUAGUAGGCAAGAAAAAUAGUUACCAUGGAUAAACUGUGAGUCUUGUUGACAUUUGUUAUGAACAUUUCUCCAGCUUCACCACUGCUUCUCCAGCAGUGUGUUCUGUUUACUGAGGUGAACCCGAUCAAACUUUGUACAUCCCUUGUACAACUUGUAAAGUGAGUUUAUACAAGGAGGCAUCACAUCAUUACACACUCCACUCGCAAUGCAUGCAUGCUGUGUCUUACUGUGGAUUCUGUGUGUGUGUGUGUGUGUGUGUGUGUGUGUGUGUGUGUGUACCUGAGGGAUCACAGAGGAUACAAACAUUGAGUUUGGGCUCUCCGCAAAGGAUCUAUGCAGGAUUCACCACUUACAGUUCACUGAAAGAAAAAUACCAUUACACUGCCCGUAAUCUAACAAUGUAUUGGCUAUUUGAAGUGUGAAUCAUAACUGUUCAGAUUCAUAUUCGUCUGCGUUUUUCAAAGACUGAGGAGGUCAAGUUGGAUGAGCUUCUUAAGACCCCUGUCUCAAGCAACAAAAGCAGAUAUGAAUCACUUCCCUGACUUUCAUUUUUACUGUCAGAUAUGUGCAUUGUAAGCUCACCCAAGUCAAACUUUGCAAUGCAGCACUUCCUGGCUGAGUGACAAGUGUGUAACAUUAACUGAGAGGUUUUAUCUAAUGUGUGUGUGUGCCGCCUCAGCCCGUACGUAUGUAUCAAAAGGCUUUGUCGGCUCCUGUCACCACUUAAUAGCGCGAUUUAUAUAGCUACAAGCCGGAUUUCCAUGUAAAUGCACAGCCAUGUCACACAAGACAAGUGGGAGAUUAAAAUCGAAAGCAGGGAUGCAGCAGCGCCAUCCAUCCUACUAUACAGUAUAUAUCUGCUGCCCGAAUCGCCUUGCAGAAGAAUUACACAGUUCUUCUGUUAAACUGAUGAGUAUGUGAUCUGUCAGUCUUUUCCUCUCUCGGUCUGGAUUGUGUUUUAUGUACAGUCUGCUCUCAUUUGAUGAAGUAUAUGCUGCUUGUAGACUGCCCCUUCCUCUCUUUGAGAUCCUCUAUUUUCCCCCCUAGCUCCUCUAUGAAUAAGAAUGAGGUGUUGGUCUGGAGAAAGUGAUGAGACAUGUGGUUAUCUUAAUGAUACAUCCUGGUGCUAAGUCCCUAUUGAUUUUACCCUCAUCUCUGUAAUGUGAGUAAUGAGAGGAGGGAUGAUGUUGGUCAGAUACAUAGGUGCUCACACAAGGACGUGUUUCACAACACGUUUCCUCGGUAGCGACGAGGACGUGAUUAUUUUUCAUACAUCACAAACAGCUGCAGGGGUGCUGCUGCUGUACUGAGAGUCCUGCUGCCGACUUUGUGCUGUAGCAAAGACUAAUGCCUUUGUUUUUCGAGAGACUUAUCAGCGAUUGGCUGUGCACAACGGUCUGUAUUAGUAAAGUGAUGAGCACUUGAAUAUUUUUUGCCUAAUUAACUGAGUCCCAGUAUGUCGUUUGGGGCUACAACUAUUUUCAUUUUAUAUUGUUUGGUCUAUAAAAAGUCAAAUAGCAAAAUAUGUACAUCACAAGUUCCCCGAGCCCAAGAUGACAUUUUUAGAUUGCUUGUUUUAUAUAUAACAGUCCAAAACCUAAAGCUAUUCAAUUGGUAUUAUAUAGAACAGAAAUGCAGCAAUUUCUCACAUUUCACAAGACGAAACCAGUGGAAUAUGUGAAUUGUCCGCUUCAUGAAUAACUUAAAGGAAUAGCUUGACUUUAUUAGAAAUAUGAUUAUACCCUUUCUGUCUGGCUAGCUAGUUGUUAGCUGUGAAAACUGGAAUGUAAUUUGCUGUUUUACUGGGGGUUAUGUGGGCUGCUGGACUGUUUCUUGAUUCCAGGAAGCUCCUGGUCCCAGCCAAGAGUUGUUCUGUCACAUAAGCCCCAUAAAACAUUACACUAAAAAGCAUAAGUUGUAUUUCUACAAAAACUAAUAAAAUAUAAUGUAUUAACUGGUGGGCUUGAAAAGGCGCUGGUAGGUGGAUUUAGCUACCUAUUGACAGGCUGGGUCUAGCUGUGUUUCAGUUUCCUCUCAUCCUGUAUGCUAAACUAAGCUAACCAGCUGCUAACUCCAGCCCAUAGACUGUGUAAUAAUAAGCUCCAGCCAUACUGUAUAUUCUAGGGCUGAUCCAUGGUAAUCAAUGUCCAAAUCAGUAUUCAAACCCUUUGGAGUUUUUUUAUUUUAUUAUUAUCAUAUAUGCAUUACCCCAAAAAUCCCAAAUAGCUCAUGAUAUAAGAAUAGUAAUCCCACAUUUGUCAUUUAUGCAUUAACAUUAAUUAGGCUAUAAUUAGUUAUUCUCAGACAGGGGUGUGUGUGUGUGUGUGUGUGUGUGUGUGUG